AUGGUGGAUUUCGAUGUGAUCAUGGAAUCAGAACCACCAGCUCUUCAGUCUGUGCCAGUUGUUAGAGAAUUUCCAGAAGUUUUCCCAGAUCACCCUCCCGGACUUCCUCCUGAAAGAAUCAUAGACUUUGGCAUCGAUCUCAUGCCAGCUGCAUUCAUGGACCUCAUGAACAGAGUUUCCAAGCCAUUCCUUGAUACCUUUAUUAUCGUGUUUGUAGACGAUAUUUUGGUAUACUCUAAGAGCAAGGAUGAGCAUGCAGAACACCUCAGGAUAGCCUUGCAGACCUUGAAGGAGAAUUCAGUGGAAUUCUUAGGCCACGUGGUAUCUAGUGAAGGCACAAAAGUAGACCCUCAUAAGACAGAAGCAGUCAAGAACUGGCCAAGGCCGACAACACCAACCAAAAUCAGAAGUUUCUUGGGGUUAGCUAUAGAAGAGUUUUCAAGAGUUAAAGAAGAGAUUGACCACUGCACCUAUGUUAAUCUUGCGGACAGAUUGGAUGAGACUGAGGAAGGAGGUAUAACUGCUUAUGCCUUAGCGCAAUCCUCUCUUGUUGCGCAUGUUAAGGCUAUGCAAGACGAAGAUCCACCGACUGACAAAGUCCGCGCAUUUUCUACCAGUAAAGAUGAGAGAUUCCGCAGAGAAGUAUUUCAGAAAAGAUUAGGUACCAAGAUCAAUUUGAGCAUCGCUUUCCAUCCACAAACUGAUGACCAGGCAAAAAGGACCAUUCUAACUCUCGAAGAUAUGUUGCGAGCAUGUGUUAUAGAUUUUGGAGGUAAUUGGAAUGAUCACUUUCCACUUAUAGAAUUUGCUUACAAUAACAGCUAUCAGGCCAGCAUUGAUAUGGCUCCUUAUGAAGUGUUGUACGGGCGAAGAUGUAGGUCUCUAGUGGGUUGGUUUGAACUAGCAGAGGUAUCGUUGAUCGGUCCAGAGCUUGUUUGUGAGGCCUUAGAGAAAGUUCAGCUAAUUAGAGAAAGACUAAAAGCGGCUCAGAGUCGUCAAAAGUCCUAUUAUGACAAGUGGCAUCGUGACUUAGAGUUAAUGCUUGGUGACAAG